UAUAUAUAUAUAUAUAUAUAUAUAUAUAGGAAUCGAAGCAUAGGAUCGAUUGAUUCACUCUCUCGCUUGAGGAGUACUCUAACCAUGAGGCUUUUCGCAAUCAUGCUAGCUUUACUAAGCUUACAGUGGUUCGAAGGAAGAGUCCUAGUCUCCGCAGAUGUCGCGACCGCAACCUCCUAUGGCCCACCGUACACUCCUACGAAAUGCAACGGGAAUAGGGAAGACCAGUUUCCCCCAAACAACAUGUUUGCGGCUGUGUGCGACGGGCUUUGGAACAAUGGGGCAGCGUGCGGGAGGAAAUACAUGGUGCGGUGCCUGAGCGGCAGCAACAGGCCGUGUAAGGAAGGAGUUAGUAUAGUGGUGGAGGUGGUGGAUAAAUGCUCUCAAAAUCCAUGCCCUGCUAACCUCCUCCUCUCCGGAGAUGCCUUCGACGCAAUCUCGCAAUCCACCAGCGGAAAGAUCAACGUCGAAUACAUCCAGAUUUGAACGGGCCAAGCCAUUUUAUUAAUAAGUACGUAUACAUGGUGCAUCAGCAAAGGAAUUUAAUUACGACAAAAUUAUACGUGCAAAUGAUAUCUGGGCAAUAGCAGCAGAGGAAAUAUUUAAUUUCCCCCUGGACUGAUGUGCAAUAUAAGUACUGCAAUUAAGAGCUAGUCCCGUACUCUGCGUUGCCGGAUAAAUAAUAUUCCGAUGAAGUUGUUUAAUUAAGAUCGAGCAAAGGAAUAAAGUGCACACCAGCACAUGAGGAAAUAUAUAAUAUUGUACGGCAGAGCUAAAAUCAUUACUGCAUAUGUACGAAAUAAUGAGCGGGGGCUAUAUAUCCUAAGGACAAAUGUAAAUAUUUUUAGUGGACAAUUAAUGUUUUAGUGGUGUGAUAUGUAUGAAUAUGCAUACUAUUUCUACAAUAUUUUAAUGGUGUU